AUGUCGCUGAAUUUCUCCAUCGACAGACUGGUGGACAACGAUAAAGGCGAUUCACAGGAGGAACGUGCUCCAAUUGCACAAACAUUAUCUUACUUUGAUGUCUUAUUACCUCAUGUACAGAUGGCAUCAGCAAACCCAUUUCUGAGUGGACUUUCGGAUUCACCAUCAAGUCAUAAUCGUCUCUGGUCUCAACAGUGGAUCGAACUUCUACAACAGGCGAAUUCCUCACAAUUCGGUGAAGUUGCGGCCGGAUUGUUCUUGCAACCAUUCCGGAAGAGCAAACGAAUUCGGACCGCUUUCUCCCCGUCUCAAUUGCUGCAACUGGAGAGAGCAUUUGAAGGAAAUCACUAUGUUGUUGGCACGGAGAGGAAACAACUUGCAAAUCGAUUAGCUCUCUCUGAAACACAGGUCAAAGUUUGGUUCCAAAAUCGUCGAACAAAACAUAAACGAGUGCGAGUUGAAUGUGGACAACGAUCUCAAUCGAACUCACCACCACCACACGGCGAUGAGGAUCAUCAGAAUCCGCCAUCUGUACAACAACAACCAUCUCAUACCGCUAUUACUGAUAAUAUCUCAUGA